AUGACGGGAGUACUGAAUUUAAAGAAUCAGGAGACCUCAGAGACUAAGAUCUUCACAUGUGUUGUUUUUAGAUGGCCACUGAUUGAAGGUUGCAAUGUUGUUAUUGCCUCUCGUAAAUUUGACCGAUUAAAAGCUGCUGCAGAAGAACUGAAUAAUACAUUUUCUUCCAUGAGUCCUGCCAAAGUGACUCCAAUACAGUGCAAUAUCCGUAAAGAAGAUGAGGUAGAAGCUUUGGUGAAGUCUACGCUGAGUCUGCAUGGGAAGAUUGACUUCCUGGUGAAUAAUGGAGGGGGCCAAUUCUUAAGUUUUUCUAAAUCCAUCUCUGCAAAAGGCUGGAAUGCUGUGAUAGACACAAAUCUGACAGGGACGUUCUACUGCUGCAAAGCAGUGUACAAUGCCUGGAUGCACGAACAUGGAGGAGUCAUUGUCAACAUUACUGCUGCCGUGAGAAAUGGGGUUCCUGGAAUAUCGCAUUCAGCAGCUGCAAGAGCUGCAGUGCAUAACCUCACCAAGACGUUAGCUUUAGAAUGGGCCCACAGCGGAGUUAGAAUCAACAGCAUUGCUCCUGGAAUGGUGUUUUCAGAAACUGCUGUUGCAAACUAUGGAGAAUCAGGUAUAAAGAUGUGGUUAAAGACCAUACCAGCGGUUCCUGCCAAGAGGUCAGCGGUUCCUGAGGAGAUCUCGCCUGUAGUGUGUUUCCUGCUGUCUCCAGCUGCUUCUUACAUAACUGGGAUAACCAUGGCCGUGGAUGGUGGCCUAAGUUUAAAUGGCCGUAUCCUGGAUCUACCUGAUCACGACAGAUGGCCCUCACUUCCAGAAGGAAAAAAUUCUGAAAUGUUUAAAAAGCUUAUUGCUGGCACGUUCAAGCCAAGCCUGUAAAAGAAUGAGAUUUCACCUUAUUCCCAAUUGCACACUUGCUGAUAAUCUUGCUCUGUGAUUUGGGCGUAUUAUUCUCAGCAAUAUAAUUUUUUUGCUUAUAUGUAACUACACUGAGUGCCUUGAUUUUCACUGGUUUAUAUUUAAAACUGGAAAGGCUGUACAUAGUAAAUUCCUUCUCUGAAAGCAAUCACUGCCCUGAGAACAUUCAGUCUCUUGGAAAGGGAAGGUAUAAAAGACAAAUUUGCCAUUUACACAGGCAUUAACUAAUAAAGAAUGUCAGUCAGAAGUGAAUAAAAAAAUACUCAUUUUGAAGUGAAGGGGGCAGAGAGGGAAUGUUUUGGAAUCCUAUUCUGGAUGAAUUUGCAGAGAAGGUAAUCUAAAUCUCUGUUACCAUUAGUUGCAUCAGUAACCCUCGAGGUAGCUGUUAGCUCUACACUAUUUCUACUCAGCCACACACUGAGUGUUCAACAAUGAUUUUAAAGACUAAGUAGUGUAGGUAUUUCUCUGAAAAGAAUUUAAAAUAAGGCAGGAUACUGUUACUAAUGUUUCAGGCUAACAUGGCGUAUCAUAUUGGGAAUGUUUUGAAUUGUUUGUAGAUAUGACAUAACGGAGUUAAGCUGGCUGCAACUUAAAUUUUAUAAUAGAAGAAUAAUCAGAUAAUAAACUUAAGCUUUAACAUACAGUGAUGGAAAAAAGUAUAGAUUCAACAAUUUACCAUGGAAAAUCUUGAAGCAAAAGCUGUGGUAUAUAUUGCAGUGCUUUCUGCAGUAUGCUGUACUGUUA